GGCUGCUUCUACCUACUCUUCACCAUGUCUGAGCAAUUUGAGCUUGUAAACCUAGAACUGAAGCGUGGAGAGUCUUUGAAGAUUAAGGGAGCCCUCUCAGGCAAUGCUAAGAACUUCUCCUUCAACUUAGGCAAGAGCGCAACAGAUAUUGGGUUACAUUUCAACCCUCGUCUACAUGAGAAUACAAUUGUGUGCAACUCCAAACGCAGCAACAACUGGGAGUCAGAACAGAGGUCAGGGCACAUGUGCUUUACACCUGGAGCAGAGGCCAAGAUAUCCAUCAAGUUCAAUGGAGAUAAUUUUGAAGUGAAGCUCCCAGAUGGACAUGAAAUCACUUUCCCAAACCGCCACGGCUAUGACAAAAUGACUUAUCUCUCUGUGAAAGGCGACUUCAAAGUCAAAUCAUUUAAAUAUGAGUAAAAGGUCCCAAACCUCCAAUAAUAAAAUAAUAUUAUCAACACCA